AACUAGUAUUAUACGUGUUUGUGGAAUAUCAAAACAUGAUGAUGAAGUGACAAUUUUACGAGAAUCGUAUUUGUGAAUAUACUUACAACCUGUUCUAUUACGAGUUGAUUAUUAAACAUAUUGACAUACAGAAGGAUAGUAUUGUUGGGAAUACAGCGUUAUAUUUUCUGUUCAGCUUCGAAACAAGGGUAUCUAAAAUAUAAUUUGAAUGUAGAAAUGUACAUAAACAUGAUUAAGUUCUUUAUACAACAUUUCAUACAUGAAGAUUGUAUGAGUAAAAGUUAUUAACCAUAUGUUGAGAACAAACAUUAUGUGAUAUUUAAAAUGUCACAAGUAAAUGGUGGUGCAAAACCAGUAACAAAUCAUUAAACAGUGCACCUGUACAUAAUAAUCGUAUUACUGUUGGUGCAAUAUAGUCACCUUUAAAUAAUAAUAAUAUGAAUACCACUAGGAAUAAUAACAAUCAAGUCCCAUUAGUUAAUGUAAGGGAUAGGUUGUUUCAUGCAAUAUUUUUUAAAGCUGCAAUAGCAUAUGCAAAAACAUUUCCAAGGCAUGUCAGGAGACUUAUAGAGUUCAUAGUUUUAUUAAAGGCUAUAAUAGCAUUUUUUGUGUUGGCUUAUAUUCACAUAGUAUUUUCACGAGUACCAACUAACUGUCUAGAACAUAUAAGAGAUGAUUGGCCGCGAGAUGGUAUAUUAAGAGUGGAAAUACUUAGAAAUGGAGGAGAAGACUAUAGUAUAGAUAAAACUUAUGUAAAAGAAGAGACAUUGAGACAAGAAAAAGUAGAUGACUUAACUAAUGCUUUGGGAAUAUUAACUAGAGAUGGGUUUAUUAUCAUUGAACCAUCUGCUGUCGAUGAAGAUAGAGACACUGCUAACAUGUCUAAUGAAGAAAAUCACGACAGUUUAACAUUAGCUGAGAAAGACAUAGUUGCCAGACAUGCUACUGUUUUAGGUGAAGCACAAGAUCCAAAUUUAAGUAUAAGUAACACUACAAGUCCUUCACUAUCAACAAAAUUAUGGAACGAAUUAAAUAUAGGCACAAAAGAGACGUCAGACGAGAAAAUAGUGUCAUUAACAGAUGAGCAAAACAAUACCGCUGAACAAGAUGUAAAUAAAUCAGAUAAGGAAGAAAAUAUACAACCAUUAAAGGAGCAAAAUGGUGAAAUCGAUAAGCUUGCUAGGACAGAUGAUGGGUAUAUUGUAGAAUAUUCAUUAGAAUAUGGUUUCUUGAGAUUGUCACCUGCUGCAAGACAGAGGUUAAACAUUCCCGUAAAAGUUGUUACUCUCGAUCCUAUGAAUGAUAAAUGUUUUGGCGAUGAUUUUUCAAGAUUAAUACUUGAUGUCUUCCUGGGAUACGAUGAUUUAUUGAUGGCGAGCAUCAAGACAUUGGCAGAACACGAAGACAAUAAAGGCUUUUUACGAAAUGUAGUGACUGGAGAACAUUAUCGAUUCGUAAGCAUGUGGAUGGCCAGAACUUCGUAUCUUGCGGCAUUUUGCAUCAUGUUAAUUUUUACUACCUCCGUUUCAAUGUUGCUACGGUACUCGCAUCAUCAGAUUUUCGUGUUUAUUGUGGACAUGCUCCAUAUGCUGGAGUUCAGUUUACCGAUAUCGUUUCCGGCUGCAUCCCUGCUCACAGUGAUCCUGGCUCUUGUUGGAAUGGAGGCAAUCAUGUCCGAAUUUUUUAACGAUACUACAACUGCUUUUUACAUCAUAUUGAUUGUUUGGAUUGCCGACCAGUAUGACGUUAUUUGCUGCCACACAUCCAUUGCGAAGAGGUAUUGGCUUCGGUUCUUCUACUUGUACCAUUUCUCGUUCUAUGCUUAUCACUACCGAUUCAAUGGCCAGUACAGCAGCCUGGCGCUCCUCACAUCUUGGCUGUUCAUACAGCACUCGAUGUUGUAUUUCUUCCAUCAUUACGAGCUGCCAAUGAUCGUGCAGCAGGCGCAGUGGCAGAAUCUUCAGCUUCUCAAUCACGGGGAGCUUGGUAGGCCCGAACGUUUACGUGCAUCUCGUCUUCUGGUACCCACUCACGAGGCGGUUCAUAUGCCCGAAGGUUUGCGUGCAUCUCGCCUUCUGGUACCCACUCACGAGGCGGUUCAUGUGGCCGAAGGUUCGCGUGCAUCUCACCCUCUGAUCGACAAUGUCGAGAGGGCCGAACGUUCGGACGAAUCUCGCCUUCUGGAUCCCGAUUCGUUGCCUACACGAGCUGCCACGGAGGGGUCCGAGUUGACAGAAGAACCAUCCACGCCUAGCUCAUCGGAAUCGACCAUUUCCGACGUUGAAGUCGAGGAAGAAGCUAAAACCGCGACGCAUACUGCCCAGAGCGAACAAGAAAACAACGAAGCGACGGAGAACCCGACGACGGCGCCCAGCGCGAACAUCAGGAAGGACACGGAAGCGAAAUCAGUCGCGCCGAUAUCUGACGGUGCCGCUUCCUCUUCCGAGCCAGGGGACAAUGGGUCGUCCACAGAUACUUCCAUGUCGGAAGGCUUUGAAGUGAUCGAGGCUACGGAGGCGACCCGGAAGGAAACGGCAUCCUGUCAGGACAAGCAGGAACAUUAAGCGCCUCGAGUCGUGCCAGUUUCCAUAGCGGAUAGCCUGGGUGAAGAGGUUGUCAUUUCAGAGCGACUGCAUCUGCGACCGGUUGCACCCCGCGGCUGAGGGACUUCGUGGAUCGCAGACAAUUGGGCACACGGACCGUAUCGUUUGUUGUGGAUCCUGCAUGAAGGGGACGGGGCGAAAAGGAAAUAAAACGUUUAUUUUACAACGUAUCGGUAUCGAAGCUUCGGGGAAAGCUCGUCCUUCGGCGGCGCUGGCCCGAGCCUGAGGUCAGGUUUUAACGAGUAACUGGGGACUGAGGAUCGACCGGGUUGAAGCGUGAUAAUUGGUAACUGGAUUUCAUCGUGCACGGGACCAGAUAGCUAGGAAAUAUACUCCUACCGUUGAGGUUAACGUAUGCGAUAUCGUGUUCCCGGUGAUCGGCGAGAAAGACGAAACUUCGUGGGUAGCGGAGCGAUUUUUUCGAAGCGAAUUCUUUUUAAACGUUUGUACAGAGCCUAGGAUAGAUUUUACCGUGAAUUGUUCACCUUUCGUUCGCCGUGACGGGUAAAGCUUUUCCUUUUUGGGGCACCGAGUGC